AUGCUGCGCUGUGACCGUGUCUAUGAGAAGAACAAGCAGCGUCUGCGUCUGCGGGAGGCGGGAUACUCUGGACUCUCUCUGCUCCUCCCAGACCUCAGCAUCACCCCCAGCCUCAUCCGCUGCCUGCUCAACCAGGUCCUCCACACAGACUCCAGUGUAAACUACAGAGACCUGAUGUCGCUGCUGCAGCUCACACAUCGCUCUGGUCCCAGCGUCAGGAUCAUCGUCUGCAAACGGGUGCUGCAGCUGCUGCAGUCGUGUCCGGAGGCUGCGGUGCAGAUGUGCAGACAGCCGUGUUGGCAGGACACUCUGAUGCGACUGUUCUUACGCUCAGAUGGAUCCAUGCAUCUUAAAAACUCAGACACCAUCAGCACCUGUAGCUUAGACCGGAACACCUGUAGCUUUGACCAAAACACCUGUAGCUUUGACCGAAACACCUGUAGCUUAGACCGAAACACCAGCUCCAACCGCCUGGAGCUGCCCCUGGACAGAUGCUAUCGCACUGGGAGCACUGGGAGCACUGGGAGACCGGAGCGCCUGGAGGAUGCCCUGAGCGUUGGAGAAACUCAGUCUGUGGACAGCCUGGAGAACGGUGAUGUCACAUCUCUGCUGGACACCCCCUGUUCUUCUGCCUCCACUGAGACUAAACCCUGGACCGUGGGGAAGACUCUGACCCUGGACCUGUCCCACCUCCAGGCCCACGAGGCUGGGGAGAGCGGGACGCAGACCCCUGGGAGCAGCACGCCCUCCCCCACCAACACCAAACCUUUCUCUGGGAACUACAGCGACAGAGAAGCCUCUCUGAACCAAGACGGAUUCAUGUUCACCGACAACAUCUCUCUGGGAGAGUCCUGCAGUAACACAGAGGUCAGUAACACAGAGUCAGUAACACAGAGAGUCAGUCACACAGAGGUCAGUCACACAGAGGUCAGUCACACAGAGGUCAGUAACACAGAGGUCAGUAACACAGAGGUCAGUAACACAGAGGUCAGUAACACAGAGGUCAGUAACACAGAGGUCAGUAACACAGAGGUCAGUAACACAGAGGAGGAGCUGGCCGUGGUGCUGAUGCAGAUGGAGGAGCUGGCCGUGGUGCUGAUGCAGAUGGUGUGUGUGUCAUGUGUGUCUCUGCAGGAGGAGCUGGCCGUGGUGCUGAUGCAGAUGGAGGAGCUGGCCGUGGUGCUGAUGCAGAUGGUGUGUGUGUCAUGUGUGUCUCUGCAGGAGGAGCUGGCCGUGGUGCUGAUGCAGAUGGAGGAGCUGGCCGUGGUGCUGAUGCAGAUGGUGUGUGUGUCAUGUGUCUCUCUGCAGGAGGAGCUGGCCGUGGUGCUGAUGCAGAUGGUGUGUGUCAUGUGUGUGUCUGCAGGAGGAGCUGGCCGUGGUGCUGAUGCAGAUGGUGUGUGUCUGCAGGAGGAGCUGGCCGUGGUGCUGAUGCAGAUGGUGUGUGUGUCUCUGCAGGAGGAGCUGGCCGUGGUGCUGAUGCAGAUGGUGAUGUGUGUGAUGUGGAGAGGGGUACAAGGCUCUGAUGAUGGAUCGUGGUUAGAACGAGGACAAGUCUUCUCUGCUCUCACCAAACUGGGAACGACCAACGACCUGCUGCAGCCGCAGGACAUCAUCAAACUGAGGCUGAUGGAGCAGAUGCUGGAGUGGGCAGUAGCAGAUAACCGUGAGGCAUCAGCUGCCACUCUGCCCCAGCACACAGAGAACGCGGUCCGCCUACUCCACAUGGUCCAGGACUUCCUCCAGGCCGAGGGCCUCAUAAACCCGGCUCUAUGGACUGAGAAGGUCCUGGAGGAGACCGUGGUCCUCAUGGACAGCCUCAUGGUGUGGUACUCCUCUGGGGCACAGUGGUUCCAGCUCUCGCAGGUUGGACUCAGGCUCCUGCUGGGAUUCAUGGCACAACAAGACACUGAUGUGUGUGCGAUGGCCACUGCUAAACUCAACGGCGUCCUUCAGACCAAAGACGUGUCGAGUCAGGACGAGGCCUGUUACCUCCUGGGGAGAGUGGAGAGCAUCCUGAGACGGGCCAUCCAGGAGCACUCGGAGGAAACCUACUCCUUCCUGGUUCCUCUGAUACGGACACUUCUGUCCAAAGUGCACCGUCUGCUCUACAUGGAGCUGCACCUCCCUCAGCUCCCAGACACCAGCGCCUCCUUCUACGACGACUUUAGGAUCUACUGCAACACUCCUGAAUGGCGCGUCUACCUCGACAAAUAUAUUAUUCCGUACAUGAAACAAUAUGAAAUAGAAACCUUCAGUCAAGGACAUGAAGCUAUGGCUCUGUUCUGGAAAGAGAGCUACGAGACCUUCAUGGUCAAUCUGCACCGACGAGAGCGAGAGAGAGGAGAGAGCAAGCUCUGCUUACAGGAGCAGUUCCAGGAGCCGUUCUUCAGACGCAGUCGUCAUGAAAACCUCAGAUACAACAGUUUGUUAAAGCUGCAGCACAGUCACCACAGCGCCCUCGUCAGGCAGUGGAAGGCAGCGCGCAGAGGCCUGGUCUGUGAGAGAGGCCCCUGGGCCCACAGGACUCAGGAGCAGACUUAUUGGAGAUUGUCCACUGCAGAAAACUUCUCAAGGAUGAGGUUAAAGUUGGUUCGAAAUCACAGCUUCAAUGAUCACAGAGAGGCCAGCGCCCUCAGGGACAAUCUGGGGGUCCACCAGCAGCGCCUGAGCCCUGACUCCAUCCUCCUGGAGGCAGUGAAACAGGUCAAAGUCAGUGAUUUGGAAGAAGACAUUUUGGAGCUGCCAGAAGAAGACCCCGGCUCUGCCAUUAACCAAGCGGAGGUAGACGAGGAGCAGAAGGAGAAGCUGGUUCUGUGGGAGGACUGUGAGCUGGUGACCAUCGUGGACGUGGCGUCUGGACGUCUGGAACUGACCACGCAACACAUCUACUUCUACGACAGCAGCCAGGAGAAGGACGAAGGACUGGGCCAUGACUUCAAAUGGCCGUUAUCACAAAUUAGAGAAGUGCAUCUGCGCAGAUACAACCUGCGACGAUCUGCUUUGGAAAUAUUUCUCAUCGAUCAAACCAGUUACUUCCUGAACUUCAAGAAAGAGGUCAGAAACAGAGUCUACAGCCGCCUGCUACAGCUGCGAUCACUCACUCUGCACGGAACACGCUCUCCACAGGAGCUACUGAAGGCAUCAGGACUCACACAGGUGGGAGCACCAAGGAAGCCCAGAGGAAGCCCAGAGGAAGCCCAGAGGAGGCCCAGAGGAGGCCCAGAGGAGGCCCAGAGGAGGCCCAGAGGAGGCCCAGAGGAGGCCCAGAGGAGGUCCAGAGGAGGUCCAGAGGAGGCCCAGAGGAGGUCCAGAAGCGGCCUGAGAGGAGGCCCAGAGGAAGCUCAAAGGAGGUCCAGAGGCGGCCUCCGAGGAGGCUCAGAGGAGGCUCAGAGGAGGCUCAGAGGAGGCUCAGAGGAGGCUCAGAGGAGGCUCAGAGGAGGUCCAGAGGAGGUCCAGAGGAGGUCCAGAGGAGGCUCAGAGGAGGCUCAGAGGAGGCUCAGAGGAGGCUCAGAGGAGGCCCAGAGGAGGUUCAGAGGAGGCUCAAAGGAGGCUCAAAGGAGGUCCAGAGGAGGCUCAAAGGAGGUCCAGAAGCGGCCUGAGAGGAGGCCCAUAGGAAGCUCAAAGGAGAGAUGGGUGCAGAGGGACAUCUCUAACUUCGACUAUCUGAUGCAGCUCAACACCAUCGCAGGAAGAACCUACAACGACCUCGCUCAGUAUCCAGUGGUCAGAGCGUUAAGAGAUCACGCGGUGCGUCUCGCGCCUCCCGAGCAGCGCCUCCCGAGCAGCGCCUCCCGAGCAGCGCCUCCCGAGCAGCGCCUCCCGAGCAGCGCCUCCCGAGCAGCGCCUCCAGUGCAGCGCCUCCCGAGCAGCGCCUCCCGAGCAGCGCCUCCCGAGCAGCGCCUCCCGAGCAGCGCCUCCCGAGCAGCGCCUCCCGAGCAGCGCCUCCCGAGCAGCGCUGUCUGUUCCUCCUCCUCAGUGUCUGUUCCUCCUCAGUGUCUGUUCCUCCUCAGUGUCUGUUACUCCUCCUCAGUGUCUGUUACUCCUCAGUGUCUGUUCCUCCUCCUCAGUGUCUGUUCCUCCUCAGUGUCUGUUCCUCCUCAGUGUCUGUUACUCCUCCUCAGUUGUCUGUUCCUCCUCAGUGUCUGUUACUCCUCAGUGUCUGUUACUCCUCAGUGUCUGUUCCUCCUCAGUGUCUGUUCCUCCUCAGUGUCUGUUCCUCCUCAGUGUCUGUUACUCCUCAGUUGUCUGUUACUCCUCAGUGUCUGUUACUCCUCAGUGUCUGUUCCUCCUCAGUGUCUGUUACUCCUCAGUUGUCUGUUCCUCCUCAGUGUCUGUUACUCCUCAGUGUCUGUUCCUCCUCAGUGUCUGUUCCUCCUCAGUGUCUGUUCCUCCUCAGUGUCUGUUCCUCCUCAGUGUCUGUUACUCCUCAGUUGUCUGUUCCUCCUCAGUGUCUGUUACUCCUCAGUGUCUGUUCCUCCUCAGUGUCUGUUCCUCCUCAGUUGUCUGUUCCUCCUCAGUGUCUGUUACUCCUCCUCAGUGUCUGUUCCUCCUCAGUGUCUGUUCCUCCUCAGUGUCUGUUUCUCCUCAGUGUCUGUUCCUCCUCAGUGUCUGUUCCUCCUCAGUGUCUGUUCCUCCUCAGUGUCUGUUCCUCCUCAGUGUCUGUUCCUCCUCAGUGUCUGUUCCUCCUCAGUGUCUGUUCCUCCUCAGUGUCUGUUCCUCCUCAGUGUCUGUUCCUCCUCAGUGUCUGUUACUCCUCAGUGUCUGUUCCUCCUCAGUUGUCUGUUUCUCCUCAGUGUCUGUUUCUCCUCAGUGUCUGUUCCUCCUCAGUGUCUGUUCCUCCUCAGUGUCUGUUCCUCCUCAGUGUCUGUUCCUCCUCAGUGUCUGUUCCUCCUCAGUGUCUGUUCCUCCUCAGUGUCUGUUCCUCCUCAGUGUCUCAACACCAUCACCUCCUCCUUCACCUCCAGCUUCACCUCCAUCACCUCCUGCUUCACCUCCAGCUUCACCUCCUCCUUCACCUCCAGCUUCACCUUCAUCACCUCCUGCUUCACCUCCAGCUUCACCUCCAGCUUCACCUCCAUCACCUCCUGCUUCACCUCCAGCUUCACCUCCUGCUUCACCUCCAUCACCUCCUGCUUCACCUCCAGCUUCACCUCCUGCUUCACCUCCAUCACCUCCUCCUUCACCUCCAGCUUCACCUCCAUCACCUCCUGCUUCACCUCCAGCUUCACCUCCAGCUUCACCUCCAGCUUCACCUCCUGCUUCACCUCCAUCACCUCCUGCUUCACCUCCAUCACCUCCUCCUUCACCUCCAGCUUCACCUCCAUCACCUCCUGCUUCACCUCCAGCUUCACCUCCAGCUUCACCUCCAGCUUCACCUCCUGCUUCACCUCCUGCUUCACCUCCAGCUUCACCUCCAGCUUCACCUCCAGCUUCACCUCCAGCUUCACCUCCUGCUUCACCUCCAUCACCUCCUGCUUCACCUCCAUCACCUCCUGCUUCACUGCGGAUUUACAAUAUGAACUACAACAAACAUAUUUUCAUGAGCAGCAGCAGGAGCAGCAGCAGGAGCAGCAGCAGCAGGAGGAGCAGCAGCAGGAGGAGCAGCAGGAGCAGCAGCAGCAGCAGCAGGAGGAGCAGCAGGAGCAGCAGCAGCAGGAGGAGCAGCAGCAGGAGGAGCAGCAGCAGCAGCAGCAGCAGCAGGAGGAGCAGCAGCAGCAGGAGCAGCAGCAGCAGGAGGAGCAGCAGCAGGAGGAGCAGCAGCAGGAGGAGCAGCAGCAGCAGCAGGAGGAGGAGCAGCAGGAGCAGCAGCAGGAGGAGCAGCAGGAGGAGCAGGAGGAGCAGGAGGAGCAGGAGGAGGAGCAGCAGGAGGAGCAGCAGCAGCAGGAGCAGCAGGAGCAGGAGGAGCAGCAGCAGCAGGAGCAGCAGGAGCAGCAGCAGCAGCAGGAGGAGCAGGAGCAGCAGCAGCAGCAGGAGGAGCAGGAGCAGCAGGAGGAGCAGGAGCAGCAGCGGCAGCAGGAGCAGCAGGAGCAGGAGGAGCAGCAGGAGCAGCAGCAGCAGCAGCAGCAGGAGGAGCAGCAGGAGGAGCAGCAGCAGCAGCAGCAGCAGGAGGAGCAGCAGCAGAGUCCUGGGCGUCUGCCUCUGACACCUUCAUAG